GCUUAGGAAGAGGAGUCACUGCAGUAUGGAUUUACAUCCUGUUGGCAAGUUCCGUUCUUUUCGUUUUGUGGGGAAUUUUGAACAUUAGAGUAAUUUGAAAAGUUUUGAAAUUCAGCCCAAUGCAGUAAUUUGGCUUUUGUGUGCAAGAUUACAAACCAAUCCAGGUCCCGUGAGAGCUCGGUGUUUCUACCUGGGCUUUUCCAGUGGAUUUGGCGCAACUCGGUGUCUGAAGCAAACGCAAAAACAUGAUUUUUUUUAAAAAAGCGGAUCUGCAAGAAUGUACACUUCCAGUACAGAUUGUAUGUUAACUGUUGAGCAAUGUUGGAAGUAUAAAUAUCCAGACAAAGAUCCGGACUCUAGUGCAGCGAUGUAACUGAAACAUCAUUCAGUUAUGGAAACAUUUUUCUUGAGAGGGUUGCUGUUGUGUUGGCAAUGCUUGGUAAUUCCAGUAUUGGGGCUGGAUUUUUACACUGCGGCAGUUUAUGAACACCCAUCAGUCCUUCAGCUAAACUCAACCAUCCUUUCAACCCGUUCGGAGGCACUGGAGAUAAUGAGGGAAAACCUGAAUAUCUACCAAGAGCAAGUCAAUGCUGCAAGCAAGCAGGGAGUUAAAAUAAUUGUAUUUCCAGAGAAUGGUAUCCAUGGCUUUCAUUUGAGCAGACCUGCUCUUUUUCCAUAUUUGGAGCCUAUUCCAGAUCCUAAUGUUGUUCAAUGGAAUCCAUGCCUGCAUCCAACUGUAUAUAAUGAUACAGAGGUCCUUCAUCAGUUGAGCUGUAUGGCAAGAAAUGGCAGUAUGCACUUGAUUGCAAACAUGGGAGAGAGACAAACCUGUGAGCAAAGCGAUCCCAAAUGUCCGCCAGAUGGAAGAUAUCACUUUAACACAAAUGUAGUUUUUGAUGCUGAAGGUACUCUCAUAGCUAAAUACCAGAAAUGGAACCUUUACUUUGAAGAUGCUUAUGACACACCUAAAACAGUGCAACACGUCAUCUUUGAUACACCUUUUGCUGGAAGAUUUGGCAUCUUUACUUGCUUUGAUAUAUUGUUCUAUGAGCCAGCAGUAAGUUUAAUUGAGAAUUAUGGUGUAAAACAAAUUAUAUUUCCUACUGCCUGGAUGAACCUUCUGCCACUCUUAUCUGCAAUAGAGUUUCAUCAAGCAUUUGCUGCUGCAUUUGGGAUCAAUCUUUUUGCAGCCAAUCAGCAUCAUCCUGAAUAUAAUAUGACAGGAAGUGGCAUCUAUACCCCAUUAGAUUUCCCUUAUUAUUACAACUCCGAGACCAGCGAAGGUAAACUUCUUGUGGCCAAGGUCCCUAUAAUUACAUCCACCCAAAAUCACAGCCUACAACAGUCUAAAGUGACCAAUUAUCUUGAAGCUUCUCCGCUUCAGAAGGAGGGAGGAAAGCAAGAACAAACUGGUCCAUUGGAAAGCAAUGAUCCUGGUUAUGUGUUUCAUAACGUCAUGAUGUUUGAUAAUUACACAUUUACCUCUUUGACAGGCUUGCAAGGUAAUUUGCAAGUCUGUUCCAACACCCUCUGUUGCCAUGUAGCUUACAAACGUAGCGGUCACACAGAUGGUAACCUGUAUGCGUUAGGAGCCUAUGACGGGCUUCACACAGUGAAUGGCAUUUAUUACAUACAAGUGUGUGCAUUGGUGAAGUGUGCAGGAUCCAGUUAUGACACAUGUGGCCAAAGUGUUACAACUGCCUCUGAUAUCAUAGACUUUAGAUUAUGGGGGAAUUUCAGCACAAUCCAUAUUUAUCCAGAAAUAUUGGCUGAUGGGAUGAAAAUUUAUCGUGCAGAUGCCAGAGGAUGGACCAACAAUAAUUAUUAUAUGACCAAGAAGGGGAUGUCGGUAGGUCUUGUCACUGCAGCAUUCUAUGGAAGGUGGUAUGAGAAAGACUAGCUUCUGCUGCAGAUUAUUUCUAAAAGCGACUUGGAUUAAAUAUAAUAGCACCAUUUCAAAUGCUUUGCAGAUAGUUUGCAAUAGUAAUACUUUUGCAUUCUUUGUUAUAAUCCUGAGUUUUGGCCAGAUGAUUACAAGAAGAAAUGGGACGAUAGAAUUAACAUGGUGACAAUAUUUACUUCCCCAAAAAGCAUGACUCGAAGAUGCAUGACAAUGGCUCGCUGUCACAGUAAUGACCUGAAUUUGUCAUUGGGCCUAUUUGAAAUAAUUACCGCGGAUUCUGCUUUUGGAAGUAGGUGAGACAGUUUGGGGUAAAGUCUUUUCGCCUUUUCUACUUCUCUAACUACCACUAUCUCCCUGGAAACUUCCCAUUACAAUCAGACACUGGCCACUAAGUUAGCUUCCAUAGCAAGCAAAGUUUCUAUGCCUAAGCUGCCACAUUGCACUAAAAUUUGGCAGAACUAUAAAGAAUUCUUUGUUUCCUUUGGUCAAUGUUGCCAGGUUUACAUAAAUACUGAUACAGCAUAUUGAUACUGUGAACUGAUUUGCAAAAAUUAAAAUAUCACAGCAUUUUAACUCCAGGAUUGCCUUUAAAGUCUCAGCCUAACCCUAUUCCAGGACAUUUGAUAUCUUUCAAGACAGAAUGCUUGAAAGUGGUGAUUUGGACAUUGUCAGUAAAUGAACUACAAACACAUAAUUAUGUUUGAGAUUUGAAUUAACAAAAAAUAAAGUAAUUUAUAUUACUAUUCCAUGAUCAUGUCACCUGAUGCUCAAGUGGACAAUCAAAUUUUCAAAU